GGAGGCGGCGGCGGGGACUUAGUUAGUUGUUGUGAGUGUCAGCAGCGGCGGCGGCCGAGGCUCCAGUGGAGGCGGCGGCGCCGGGACGGAGCGGGCCGGGACCGCCCGCGCGUCUCCCGCCUCCUGCCAGCCCAGAGCGGACGGACUGACGGACUGCGGUCGGACGGCGAGGAGGUCGUGGCGGCGGCGCCCGCUGAUCCCAGGUUGCUGCCAACACUAGCCCUGGUGUGCUGGGCACCUGCCAUCGUGGAUUUGUGUAGAACGCCAAGAUAAGUUGAAGCAUUUCAUUGCUAGAAAAAAGGCUCCUGGUCCCCAGCCCCUAUGAUGUGACUCUUCAGGCCAGUUACUGUUUCCCAAGUGGACGUCUGCACUGGUGCGAGCUAGUCACUGAAAGCAAUUAAAAAAACAUUGUUUUCCUGAUAAAGCAACAUAAAGAGUAAGACAAAAAAAGAAAAGAAAUUCACCUUGGCGAAAUCCGAAGCACCUUGAAGUUAUAACAAACCCUUCUAUCAUCUGCUGCUAAAGCCACGCUGGGCCCUGGGCUGUAUCAAGUGCUUCUCACGUAAAUGAUUGAUGACUACUUCAGAGAGCUGCUAUGAUACACAGGGAGUGAAAACUAGCGGAUGAAGACCUUGCCAUGCACUGAAAGUGGAGCAGCAAGCACGAAGCUCCGUGAAAAAUGUCUGCUUGUAACACCUUCACUGAACACGUCUGGAAACCCGGCGAGUGCAAGAACUGCUUCAAGCCCAAGAGCCUGCACCAGCUGCCCCCCGCCCCAGAGGCAGCCCCCCUCCCCCACAGUAGCAUAAAGACCAACGCAAACCACAGCAACAACCACCGAGUCCGGGGCACGGGCAACUUCCGGCCCCCCGUGGCCAAGAAGCCCACCAUCGCCGUGAAGCCCACCAUGAUGGUGUCGGGGGGGCAGAGCCUGAGUGCCGAGGCCAGCACCCCCGAGCACUGCGAGAGCAAGCCGGUGAUCAUCAGCUGGACCCGGAACAGGGUUUCCCUGAAUAAAAAACCACUCAACAACAACAACAACAACGAGGAAGAGAUUGAAGAGUUUGGUCACGUGCCCAGGCCUUUUGGCCCCAGUGACAGCGUGAGUCAGGUAGCAAACAACAACAACGGACUGACCGAAGUGCUGAAGGAGAUUGUGGGCUUGGAUCCCACUCCUCCGCGAACAGGCAGCGAGAGUAACUCAAGGGAAACGUUCCUGGGGAGGAUCAGCAGCUGCUACAAGCGGUCCCUGGAGAGGCAGCUCCCUCCCAGCUGCAUGAUGGGGGGCGGGAAGGACCCCCAGAGCAAGCACGUCAUUUUGAGCGGCAGCACAGAAGUGAUCAGCAGCGAAGGCGGUCGGUUUUGUUACCCAGAGUUCUCCAGUGAAGACGAGAGUGAGGACGACGCGUUUUUCCGCAGCGCGCACGAAGAGCACGAGAGCUGGGACGAAAGCGAUGAGGAGCUAUUGGCCAUGGAGAUUCGCAUGAGGGGCCAGCCCCGCUUUGCGAACUUCAGGGCCAACACCCUCUCCCCCGUCCGAUUCUUUGUGGGCAAAAAGUGGAACACUGUUCCCCUGAGAAACAAGUCUCUCCAGAGGAUCUGUGCGGUGGAUUAUGAUGACAGCUAUGAUGAAAUCCUGCACGACUACGGGGAGGACCCCGUGAUCCCUUAUGGGCAGGAAGGCCCGCAGAGCAUGGCCUCCUCCGGCUCCACAUCCCCCGAGUCGUCCUUAACAGAAGAGUCUCGCUCUGGGACAGCCAGCAGCUCAUCUCACAAGCUCUGCAAUGGAGGGACGUCUCCCGGGAGCCCCAGGGACGGUAAGGAGAUGGAACCAGGGGAAGCAGAGUGCGAAAACGCCGACCAUCAGCAGCAGGUGAAGGACACGGCCGGUGCUCCAAAAAGCCCCACUCACGUUUUAGAAACCCACAAGGCCGUGCUCGCGCUCCGAUUAGAAGAGAAAGAUGGCAAGAUUGAGCUUCAGGCUGAGAAGCAAGAAAGCAAAACCCCUACAGACGCGGCUGGGCAAGCAGUGACUAUAAACUUAGUGCCUCUCGAAGAGCGAGCAAAGCCAUACCGAGUCGUGAAUCUGGAACAGCCCGUGUGCAAGCCCUAUACGGUCGUCGAUGUGUCGGCGGCCAUGGCCAGCGAGCACCUGGACGGUCAGACCGAGAGUCCCAAGAGCAAAAGCACGUCAUCCACUCCAAAUUCCCCCCUUAUGUCUCCCACCUCCACGGCAGCACAGGGAAAUGCUCAUUUCAAAAAACCCAGCACCAUCCGAUACCAGGAAGUCUGGACAUCCAGUACGAGCCCACGGCAAAAGAUACCCAAAGUGGAGCUGGUCGCUGACGGCGCAGGACCGACCGUCCCUCCGAGGAAAAACUCCCACAAGUCAGCGCCCACUUCCCCCACAGCCACCAGUAUUUCUUCCAAAACGAUCCCGGUGAAGUCGCCCAAUCUGUCUGAAAUCAAGUUCAACAGUUACAACAACGCCGGCAUGCCUCCCUUCCCCAUCAUCAUUCACGACGAGCCGACGUACGCGCGAAGCUCCAAGAACGCUAUCAAAGUUCCCAUCGUGAUCAACCCUAACGCGUACGACAACUUAGCCAUCUACAAAAGUUUUCUGGGGACCAGCGGAGAGCUGUCAAUGAAAGAUAAAACCACCAGUGUCAUCAGCCACACUUACGAAGAAAUCGAAACGGAAUACAAAGUGGCUGAGAGUCCCGCCGGCAAGCCCGCCGACGCCUCUCUGGGCAAGGGGCGCUCAAGCAGCACGGAGCACAGGAAGGGCUCGGUGGCCCAAAAGGUCCAGGAGUUUAACAGCUGCCUCGGCAGAGGCCAGCCCUCCCCCCAGAGACGGCAGGGCUCUGCUCAGGGCUCCCCGGCACGAGCCCAGAGAACCGCGCAAGAGCUCACAGCCAAGACCGAAGCCGCUCCGGAGUCGCGGCCCCCGGGCAGCAGUGGCAACCGGGAAAAGGCAAGCACCGUGCUCUCCCAGAUCGUCGCCUCGAUCCAGCCUCCGCAGUCCCCCCCGGGAACCCCCCCCUCUGGCCCAGAAGCCCGUAGCAUAGAGGAGCUGUACGCCUUGCCUCCAGCGGACGACACCCCCACGAGUCCUCCCACAAGGCCAAAAUCUCUCUUUGCUGCUGCGCCGCCCAGCCAUGAGAAGGAAGCCGCCCCAGCCCCGGAGAGCCCCGGCGCCCCUGGGCCCAAGGAGCUGCCCUCCAAGCCCACCGCCUGCCAGUCUUCCCAGUACACAGCCGGCACUCCUACCCCAAGCCCCCAGGCUGAACCAGGGGCUCCCUUCCCCCCGCCACGCUCCACUUCCUCCCCGUACCACGCGAGUAACCUUUUGCAAAGACAUUUCAGCCACUGGAGCAAGCCCACCAGCCCCACCAGGUCAACCGAGGCCGAGGCCGUCCUGAGCGCCGAGGGCAGGAGGACAGCCGACGCCAAGCCCAAGCGCUGGAUCUCGUUUAAGAGCUUCUUCCGCCGCAAGAAGACGGAGGAGGAGGAUGACAAAGAGAAGGAGAGAGAGAAGGGGAAGCUGGUGGGCCUCGACGGCACGGUCAUCCACAUGCUGCCCCCGCCUCCCGUGCAGCGCCAUCACUGGUUCACGGAGUCGAGGACCGACCCCAGCGAGAAGCCGUCGAUCGUGUUCAUGUACAGGUGUGACUCUGCGCAGGGCGAGCUAAGCUCCGACCCGGACAAGCCAGGAGUGGAGCGUGUCGUGAUUUCGGAUAAAAGCGAAAUGGAAGAGAAGGUCCUGCGGGAUGCCGAAAAGAAGAAAAGGAGUCAUUCUUCUCCAGCUCAUGUUCCCAAGAAAAUUCUCAGACUCAAGAAGGCCCUGAGAGAAUUUCCUCUAAUGGGGAAUUGUGUGAGUGAGUACAGUGGUCACGUGCCCCACGAAGGGACGGUAGAGGGGCCUCCUCGCGUUCCCAGAACGACUCCCGUGAAGGAGGGCGGCAGCAAUGCGGCGGGCGCGCCAGCCCUGCCCCCCCACACCCCAGAGAGGGAAGAAGGGAAGGAAGAGGCCUCAGACCCUUCCGACGAAAGCCCCUGUAGUGCCACGUACAGUAACCUGGGGCAAUCCAGAGCCACCAUGAUCCCCCCCAAGCACCCUCGCCAGCCAAAGGGGGCCGUGGAUGACGCCAUUGCUUUCGGGGGAGCCCCAGAGCAAGAGGUGGCCCGCCCCUCCCAGGCCACGCCACCCCCCCUGCCAAAGAAAACCAUCCUGAGGGCCAACACGGAGCCUCUGCCCAAAGACCUGCACAAGUCCCUGGAGAACAGCCUGUGCCUCCUGGCCAACCCCACCUACGACAUGGAGGCCCACUGGGACGCCAGCAGCGCCGGCUCCUCCCUCAGCUACGAGCUCAAGGGCCUGGAGAACGAGUCCUGCGACUCGCUGGACAGGGCGCUGCCCAAGGACAGGCGCGCCAGCACCACGGCCCGCAGCGCCUCCAGCCUGACCGCCCUGGGCGCCAGGGAGCGCUUCUGCACCAGCACCGAGUCCCUGACGGGCCGGCGGGGGCCUCAGGGCAAGCUGGGCCGGAGCGCCCCCAAGCCCCAGAGGACGGUGCUCUACCGCGGCAUCGAGAACCGGGAGGAGGUGGUGGGGAAGAUCCGGAGCCUGCACAGUGACGCCCUGAGGAAGCUGGCUCUCAAGUGCGAAGACCUCUUCAUGGCCGGGCAGAAGGACCAGCUCCGCUUUGGGGUGGACAGCUGGUCCGACUUCCGGCUGACCAGCGACAGGCCCUGCUGCGAAGCCGGCGACGCCGUCUACUACCCGGCCUCCUACGCCAAAGACCCGCUCACCAGCUACGCCGUCAAGAUUUGUAAAAGCAAAGCUAAAGAGUCCCAACAGUAUUACCACAGUCUGGCCGUCCGGCAGAGCCUGGCCAUUCAUUUUAACAUCCAGCAGGACUGCGGCCAUUUCCUAGCCGAAGUUCCCGUCCGCCUUCUUCCCUGGGAAGACCCCGAUGCCCCCGAGAAGGAAGACGAUGAAAUGGAAGCGGAGGAGGAAGAGGGAGCUGAGCCGCGGGACCGAGCCCCGUCCGCGGGCGCGGAGUCGGCCCCGAGGGGCAGCAAGCAGCGCAGCCACGUGGUGGUCAUCACCCGCGAGGUCCCCUACCUCACCGUGGCAGAUUUCGUGCGGGAGUCUCUGGCCCAGCACGGGAAGAGCCCCGACACGUACGAGCGGCAGGUGUGCCUGCUCCUCCUGCAGCUGUGCUCCGGCCUCGAGCACCUCAAGCCCUACCACGUCACGCACUGCGACCUACGGCUGGAGAACCUGCUCCUCCUCCACUGCCGGGCCGGCAGAAGCGCCCAAAGGGGCGAGCCCGGCCCGGCCGCCGCGGCCCCGACCAGACUGAUCGUGAGCAACUUCUCCCAGGCCAAGCAGAAGAGCCAUCUGGUGGACCCCGAGGUCUUUCGGGACCAGUCCCGCCUGGCGCCCGAGAUCAUCACCGCCACGCAGUACAAGAAGUGCGACGAGUUCCAGACCGGCAUCCUGAUCUACGAGAUGCUGCACCUCCCCAACCCCUUCGACGAGAACCCGGAGCUGAAGGAGAAGGAGUACACGCGCGCCGACCUCCCCCGCAUCCCCUGCCGCUCGCCCUACUCAUGGGGGCUGCAGCAGCUCGCCAGCUGCCUCCUGAACCCCAACCCUUCGGAGCGCAUCCUCAUCUCGGACGCCAAGGGCAUCCUGCAGUGUCUGCUCUGGGGGCCCCGGGAGGACCUCUUCCAGACGCUGCACAGCCUGGCCAGCCCCGGCCAGAGAAACGCCGUCCUCCAGAACUGGCUGGACAUUAAGCGGACCCUGCUCAUGAUCAAGUUCGCCGAGAAGUCUUUGGACAGAGAGUGCGGGGUCAGCCUGGAAGACUGGCUCUGCGCGCAGUACCUGGCCUUCGCCACCACGGACUCGCUGGGCUGCAUCGUCGGCAUCCUCCAACACCGUUAAGCCCCAGACCGCACUCCCCCAGCAGAGCGGCUGCCAGCUGAGCCCGAAGAUGUGUGUGCAGGGAGGGGAGUCGGCGGCCCUGAGGUGCCGGCGGGCAGAGGAGGCAGGGAGCUGCCGACGGAAGCCUCGGACCCUCUCCCUGCCCUCUGCUGUCGGCCUGCUCUCCAUCGGAGCCUCCUCCUCAGGCAGCCGGCCCCGCACUCAGUAUUACUAGGUUCCAAAUCAUGCCCGAGGUGGCUCAGAAGGACGGCGCUGGGAGUGGCGCGGACCCGCUGACACCGAGCGUCGCCGGGCCGACGGCCUUCCUCCUGAGCCCCGUGCUUCUCUCCGAUGGAUAGAUGUGCAAUUCCUGUAUGUAUUUUUAAAGCUGUAUAUUACAGUGUUUACGUUGCAACCUGACCUGAAGCGAGACCUCCAGAGUCCCCCUUCCUCUCCUGGCACAUAAAUGAGCUUCAGAUAGGAGUGCUUUUUACAUGUGUGGAUGUUUGUAUGUUUAUUUCAUUCAAAACUGUGAGUAAUCCGUUUACUUCAGCCUUGAAAACAAAAUAGCCACUUUGACCAUGUGUAUGUGCUGGGACCAUCGAGCACCUGGGGGCUCCCGCGUCCGGGGCGGCCUCCCCUCCUCUUCGUCCCACGCCCAGGCCCUGGGGCUGAGCCCAUGGGUCGGGGGACCAGAUCGACUGUGCAGGAUUACACAGCACAUUAGUGGCCUUGGAAACACUUCUAAACUUGGGUGAUUUUUUUAAGCCUUUCAUUUGAUUCACUGGUGUCUAUGAGUGAUCAGGAAAGGAGAAGGAGAAUGUAUUUUAUUGCAAUGUUAUUUUUUUUAAAGGAAACAAGAGAUGUUAAAGGGAGUUGGUUAGUGAUGUGCUUCCUUCCAGUAUGUGACGGUCAUCUCCCCUAGAAAGCCCCUGGCGGGGGGAAGGCUGGGGCCUCGGUCUGGCUGUCGUGUGCCGGCUACCCGGGUCAGAAUGACCCCUCAGCCCAGUCAGCCCCCGAGUUCAGAGCUGUAAGUGGGUGGGCUCCCCAGAGGCUGUCCCAGCCCUCCCGCUCACCUGCUAGCUUCCCUGCUUUAGUUAGAGCCCCAUGGUCCCCGGCCCCGGGCCGUCCCAGCAGGCACGUCCUCCAGCCCACCUGGCCCUUUGCAUCACUGACCCCUCCAUUCAAGGCGUUGCUUCUUUUGGCAACUUGCACACGGCACGUUUUGUAGUUUUAUGUUAGUGCACCUGCUCCCUGACCCUUCUUUACCCCUCAGCUUUCUCGCUCUGUGUGUGCCUGUGAUGACUUGGAUCUCAUCACCAGAACACUGGCCACACCAGGGGGAGAUCCCGGGGCCCCAGGCGAGAGCCUCAGCCAGGGUGGUGGGGGGGGGGCUCCCCAGGGAGGUCUGUGAUCCUCGCAGCGCGCUGUCGACGGAGCCCGCCCAUCCCCCCCGGUGACGCUCCUCGGGUGACGGCCCCUGUUGUUUGGGGGCGAGCCGAGCUUGCUGUUCUUUCACGGGGUGAAUGCGGACAGGCCAGACGGGGCCCGGGACUUCUCAGAGGUGAAGGAUGAAGGGGUUCCCUCUGGCUGUGCCUUGGAAAGGGAAGAAAGAACAUCUCGGGAUCUUCGCAGAAUGGAUUCCAGAAUAAAGCGUUCAUUCGUCUUCACGAUUGUGGCAAAUGUUUUAAACGUGCUUGAGUUGCAGGAAGCAUCCUCCUCCACCUCGGGCGGCCGCAGAAGACACAGGGGUUGGGUGGUGAGCGCCAAAGCCCUUUCAGUUUUCUGAAGUAAUGACUACAGUUUGCAGUCGACAGUAUUGAUUGGAAAUAGAGAUUUUUUUUUUAUUUUUCAUUGGAAUACUUUAACUUUCUACUCAAGACACUUCCAUCUAUAUCAAGAGAAUUGAAAAAUCAAGCAGCCUUUUGGACACCAUUUAAAGCAAGCACUUUGAUAAAGCCGGAGAGAGAAGGCCGAGCCUCCAGCCUGUGGGGUUAGCAGGAGCAUAGUAGGGCUGGAGCUGCCUGGACCAGGGAUGGGAUGUGUGACAUAGUGAGUGCCUUGUUAGAGUUAGAAUCUACUCUGGAAAGAGGGUGACUCAAAAGACAAGUCCUGAGAAGCCUUAAGAUUUGGUGGGAGGGAGCAGCCUUUCAGAGAGGGGCUAACUUGGAUUCUCGAAGCGAAGAGCGUCUCUGGCAGGAAAGGGAGAAAUGGACAUCUGUGGAAGCCGCCCGGGAGAUGAGGCCAUCAGGCCUCGGCUUAGAAUUCAGAGCUGGGUUCUCUGGCAGGGUCUUGGGCUCUGGCUUCAGAAGCUGAAGCUGGGAGGUGUGGAGGGACCCAAUACCCCAUCCCCCGCCAAGGUAUCCAAGUGAUAGACCCGGGGAGGGGUCAUGGCAGGGAAAGCAAGUGGGGAAGGGAAGCAUCGAACACAUUAUUUAGAGUUUGGGAAAACACAAAGGUGGAUUCACCUCAUCCCUUUGCUUCCACGCUCCGAACGAGCGGGCAGCCUUGGUAUCAUAAGCCCAGAGAUUUUAGAAGAGGUGUCUCUUGGAUUUUAGCAGAAAUCUUGUUGGAAAGUCCCUGGCUCCAAAGGCCUCCCAAAGGCCUCUGGGUCAGACCGUGAGAAGGGCAGCCGCAGGCUUCCCAGAGCCGAGCCAUGAGUCGUCUGACGCUGGCUGGGAAGUCGUCUGCAAACCCCUAAAACCAACCUCGAGAAGGCUUCCUCCUUCCCAGGCCUCCUCCUCAGAGCUGACAUUCUGCUCAAAGUGUCUCUAAACGAGUUAGCAGGAGCUAAAGAGCAAAGCAAAUGAUCUGCAAAAUAUGGAUCCGACCACAAGAAGUGUGAUGGCGCUGACAUUUUGGCAUUUCGAAGGAUCCCAAGAGGCCGCUGGAGCCGCGCAGGUUUGAGACGUUCCUUCCACCUUCUUCACUCUUCUUGCUCUGUACCUUACACAAAGAGGAACCGAGGCUGACAGAGCUGAAUCAUUUUCCCAGGCUCCCCCAUCUAGCAGAAUCACGGCAUAGGACAAAGGAGUGAGGAAGGUGGGUCAAGUCAGAAUUUGAACCCAGAGCCUCCUGAGGACCCAGCGCUGCCCCCCCCCCCCAGAAAUCUGGCUCAGCUUAAGGGGUCACUUAUUGUUUCACUUUCUUCCUGUCUGGGCUGUUCAUUUUACCUCAUUCGAGUUAAUACUCCAAGUCCCCACAUUAUCGGCAGCCUGGAACUCCAAUCGCUGCUCUUAACUGUGCACUGAAAUCCAGCUGGCCGCCCUCAUCGGCCCCCAGGGAAUUGGGCGGGCCCAGGACCCCAAGGGGCUGGCGGGGGGCCGGCGUUGCAGAGGCCUUAGGGAGGGAAGGUACCAAAGACACGAAGCCCAGUUUACCCCGAUGCUUACGGCAAAGCUUUUGCCAAAGCUGAUGCCGGGGAGAGGAGUUGACAGGCAUUCCACCUCCACCCUUCAAAAACAAAAACAAAAACAAAAAAAAACUUUUUUAUUUAUUUUUUUAAUAGCAAAGUCAUGUGUUAGGAAAGGAGAAAACCACCCCCCCAAAAGCCCACCCUAGAUUGAAUGUAAGGUUCCCAGGAACCUGACCAUCCCUUCCCCCCUUAAAAAAACCCUCCCUCCCUCGCGUCUCCUGGAAGGGACGGUCAGGAGCUGUUCCAUGGGGCUAAGCUUGUGAAGAAACAGCCCGUCUCUUUGACACUGUAUUUGAAGGAUUUUUUUUUCUUUUUAAUGGUGGUUUCAGUAGGUAGUGUUCUAAAGAAUUCUUGGGAGAUUUCUUAAUGGAUUGUGAAUGUUUUUAUAAACCUUCCUGCAGAGGUGUUUACCACUCAACAUUACCAUCAUGUAAUAGUUACUAAGUGCCCAGAAGGAGAAAGGGGCUCGCCAGCUGUCUCACCCUUUUGCCCGGGCCUGUUCAAAAUGAACUCAAUUUGCUGCUACAGCACCGGGGAAGCGUGUUCCAUCUGAGCUGCCUCCAAUGCUCGCCUCCUUCCCCCAUCUGGGCACCGCCCCGCCAAGGACAGCCUGCGUGCUGUGGGCCAGCCUCUUAACACCCAUCCCACCCUCUGUAUUUUUUUAAUCCAAGGUGGUUUCAGGGAUUCAGAGGAUGUUGGAAAUUUUUUACAUAGAAGAAAUAUAUAGACAUAUAUAUAUAAAUAUAUAUAUAUAUUACUAUGAACUUUAUUGUAUUUCAGAAAACCCACUUUGCCCUUCUUGUGUGUGUGUAUAUGUGUGAGAGGGAGGAGGAGGAGGAGGAGGAGGAAGAGGAGGAGAGAGGAUGGUUGGAGUGCGUGAGGACCCGCACACAGCAAAUAUGCUUGAAUGUUGCCCUACCCAAAAGUCUCAGAGUAGCCUCUUUGAAAGAACAACUCACGCCGCUUGUUCAAGCCCGAGUAGGCACCCCUCACUCCGCCAGUCUCACGAGGUUCUGUCUGAGAUCCCUGGGUUAGGAUUCUCUGUUGUUGCCACACAGGACAUCGGGGCUCCGAGGUCACCCGCCAGAAGAGACUCUGGCUCUCUGGCUUUUGUCCUUGGAAUUGUCUUUCCAGUGAGUCUUCCGAGCCUGCCCCUUGCUCUGUGGAAGCUUUCUGUUCGGAAAGCUUGUUGUCUCAGUCGCGUUAUCUGAAGCUUCAUCUCUCUGGUCGCCCAUUUUAUAGAUGUAUAAAUAUAUAAACCUCCCCCUGUCAUUGGGGGGCACUUCUAUGCUCUGGUUUGCUGUGGUACUUUGCUGUGGACGCUGUGGCAUUCAUGUUACUGUGUAAAUAAACUCGUUUUAUUACACUGAAA